GUAUGGCUCUGUAAUAUUACAAAAGAAAUGUGACAAAUGCAUUAUUUUAAAAAUAUUUGUGGAAAAUUACCCAGAUAGCCAAACCUGCCGAGAGUACAAACUGAAAAAUUUUGACACAUAUUAUGCUGGCUGUUGGACAGCAAGCAAUUACAGUUUGCCGUUUCAACUAACAUUAACAGAAACACGACAAAAAUCGAGUAGACUUUGCGUCACAAUGUGCCCCCAAAAAUGCAGCAAAAGUACAAUAAAAUUUAAUGACAUUAACAAAACAAAAAUCAGACAUUCUGUGUUGACACAAUAUAUCACUAAAAAUUAAAUAAAAAAACAGAUAUGUCAUGAUGUCACAUUAAAUUAAUAAAAUGUAGCUAGAAAUUUGACAUAUUUGUUAUCACGCUGCGAUACCAGAAACGCGGCAAAGAUACAGCACGAUGUAUCACAUGAGAUACUGACAGCAAAAAUGCAGCAGAAAUCGAGCAGAGCCUGCCGUCAUGAAAUGACGGCGAAAACGCGGCAGGUACAGAACGCGAGUUUGCUACAUCAGAUAUGUGUGAUAGCUUCUGCACACAGGACGCGGCAAAGCGGCAUCGCGGUGGUCAAUCACCGUCUUGCUUUUCUGAUAAUACAUAUAUGUAUUAAUAAAAAAGCAAGACGGUGAUUGGCCAUCGCGAUGCCGCUUUGCCGCGUCCUGUGUGCAGGAGCCAUGAAUCCUCUAUAAUAGAUGAUUUUAGUGAGUAGGCGGUAGUAAAAAAGGUUGAUCGCCCGACGUGCCUCCCGUCGAAUCCCACACUUCCCGGGCCUGAUCCUCCCGGAAGUCUUCUCAAAGAUUUCCACCUUCAUAUAAAAAAAAGUUCAAAUUAGACGGUUCUUGCGUGUGAUAUCAUCUUGGGUUUGAUUAACUCUUUGCAGUCAGUCGAAAAUGCCACAUUUAAAUGUUAUCAAGAUGAUAAAUAUAGUAAUGUGGAAUGCAAGAGGAUUACAAGGAAAAAGAGACGAAUUAAAAACUCACAUAGGAUCUUACGACAUAGUAAUUAUAACAGAAUCUAAAAUUAAUAAAAAAAAUUAAUCUCAUUUUCUGGAUACAACGAAGUAAAAAGAGACAGCAGAGGAAACAGUGGAGGAGUAAUUAUAUACAUAAGAAAAGGUAUCAGAUUUGAGGUAAUUAAAGAAUUAGUAGAAAGAAACGAUAACAUAGAUGUAAUAGGCAUAAGAACCAAAAAUCUAUCUAAAAAUUUUAACUUGGUAGCGGUUUACAGAAGACCAAACGGAAUUGAAAAUAAAAGAAAUUGGGACAAUCUUAAUAAAUUUAAUAAAAAAGGAUUAGAAUCAAUCGUCAUGGGAGAUUUUAAUGCCCACCAUCAAGCUUGGAUUUGCGAAGACACGGACGGAAACGGAGAAGCUCUACUAAAUAACAUGUAUAACAACUAUAUUUGCUUAAACUAUGAUACAAAAUCAAGACUCAAUAGACCAGACGAAAGAGGCACGAACAUAGACCUCAUAUUUAUCAACCCAUACCUAAUUGAUGAAACAACUUACAAUCAAGGACAAGAUACGUGGGGCUCGGAUCACUUCCCUAUUGUUCUAAAUUUGAAGAUUGAUAAAAGCCAAUACAGAAAAGUAUUCAAUAGAUUAAGCUCCAAAAGUACAGACUGGCAUAAGUAUAAAAAAGAAGUAGAAAAGAAAAUAAAAGAAAUAGUAAUGUUUGGAAUUAAAGACAAUACCAAACAAGAAGAAAUUAAUAACAAAAACAAUGCCAUCACAGAAAUAAUGAGACAAGGAGUUAUAAAAGCAACAGAAAGCUUAAAACGUGCCAACAAAAAGAAUACAAAGCAAAAAGACAAUAAUAAAACAAUCAAGAACCCCAACAAAUGGUGGGACGCAGAAUGUAAAGAAGUUAUCAAAACAAGAAAAGAGAAACUACAAGAAUAUAGGAAAAAACAGAACCUGCAAACUUACAUUGAAUACAAAAGCAGCGUAGCCAGGGCAAUACGAAAGAUCAAGGAAAAAAAGACAGAGGCAUUUACAAAUUUUUGCAACAGUAUUAACAGAUGGACAGGGGUGACAUAUGUAUGGAACACAAUGAAGAUUCUAAAAAACAGAUUCGCCAAAGUAUCAUGGAACACGUGGAAAACAAAGGAUAGAAAAGAGGUAAUACUAAAGGAGAUCAAUAAGAUAACUCUUUUAGAAAAAGAACGCAACCAGGAGAUCAACGGCAUCGAGAAGAUGGAACGAGUCGAGGAUUUACCCCUAAAUGACAAGUUUACUAUGGACGAAUUAGAAAGAGCUUUAGGCAUGACAAAAAGAAACUCCGCACCAGGAAGGGACAAGAUUGAUUACGUAAUGAUCAAGGAAUUACGAGGCGAAAUUAUUUAUGUUGGAACUAUUUAAUGAAAUCUGGCUCUCUGGCACUAUCCCUUCAGAAUGGCGAAAAUACCAAAUCUUUUUUAUUGACAAACCAGGCAAAUAGAAAGUCAAACCAAUAGCACUGUCCUCAUGCGUAGGCAAAAUUAUGGAGAGAACCCAGAUAGCACAGGACGUCCUCAGGAUCAUCCUGAAUAUGUCCCGGGAUGUCCUGGGAUCUUGUCAGGAUAUAAUAGUUGUAUUAUUGUAAAUAUUUUAUGUAUAAA